GAAAACGAAAAAGUUUUUAAAAAUAUUCACAUGGCAUUUAUAUACAAUAUGGAUUCUACACUCUGAUGUGGAUUUGUAUCGUUUAGUUAAAACUUGAGAUAAAUAUGAUCAAGUUACAACGGUUUUUGAUAUCCACAAUGCAGAAUAUGCGCAUUAAGGAUUGUGUUCAACCAAGUUGUCACGUGAUGCAAAUUCGAAUGAAAAGUUCUCGAAAAAGAGGAAGAAUGCGCGGCGGCCAUAAACCGAUGCCCGUGCCUCCAGAGAGACUGGAAUGGAGUCAGUUUGAUGCCUUGGAUAAGAAACAACCACGAGUUGAGCUGAAAGGCAUGCCAUUACUAGAAGAAUCUGAAAAAUCUGGUAAAAGCACGGAUGCACGAGUGUUAAAAGUAUUAUCCCUUGAAUUUGGAAAUCAAAAGGACUUGGAAAAAGCAAAAGUAUUAGAAUAUGGGAAACAUCUGCAAAGACAUCCUAAUGAUUUUGAUUCACCAGAAAUGCAAGUUGCACAACUGACAGUGCACAUACGAACCGUUCAAGAGCAUUAUGCCCGAAUAUUUAGACAGGACAAAAAACUACCUGGAGCUGUGAAAAAGAUGGUUGAAAGAAGAAAUGACCUUCUUGAUUUCCUCCAUUUAUAUCGAUUUGAAACGUACACUAAAGUUUUGAAAUUAUUUAAAAUUAAACAUAAACUGCCUCCACUGGAGACAAGGAUCAGAUCUGAGCUCAUUGAUAAAGUGACGGACAUGAGGAUCAGAGCAUUCGCCGAGAGCAGGAGAGUCAAAUUUGAGGAAGAGGAACGGAAAAGACAACUCUCUGAAUUGAAGCAACAUCUUAAAGAACAAAGAACAGUUGAUAAAUGAAAAGACAAAGUUGCAACAGCGUGAUAUGACUUUAAACUCAAUAUACAGUAGGGUGGGGAAGAUGGGA